AUGCAAUUUCCAACUGUUUUCGCCAUUUCCGCCAUCUUCGUUGCAGUCCAAGCUGCUGACAGCUCCAGCGGUGGUGGUGUCAUCUCCUCGCUUACUUCAAGGGCCUCCUCAGCUGUUGCUGGCGGUAGCUCUUCAGCUUCAUCCCAAGCCUCCUCAGGUGGCUCAUCUGCUUCAUCGCGCGCUUCAUCUGCUUCAUCUGCUGGUGCCGCUGGUUCAUCCUCGGCUGCUGGUUCAAGCUCAAAGGCUUCAUCUGCUGCUUCCUCCGGCUCUUCAUCCAAGGGUGAAGGUCAAGCUGUUGGUGUUGCUGCUGGUGCCGGUUCAUUGGCUGCUAUUGCUGGUUUACUCUUGUUGUAA